AUGUCUCGGCUUCUCUCCAAACUCUCUCCCCUUAUUCAAAAGAGCAGGAGCGUUCGUUUGUUUUCAUCGUCCAGGACCGGCCCGUCUAUUUCGAUCUGCAGCCUUGUGGAAUCCUCGCCGGACGGCGGCAGGAACAACGGAGAAGUCAUGUUGUACGACGUCGCCAAACUCGAGUUAGUUACAGCGGAAAAAAAAUAUCCCUACGAGUUAGAAUCGGCACAAUUGGUCGGAGCUUCCCAUGGAUGGGGUUUUUUCUCCAACAGAGACGAUCGCUCGGUAAUUGUCAGCGACUUUCUCAACCCAUAUUCUUCCAAGACAGCACCAAAGAUGAUUCAUCUGCCUCCGUUCACUACAAUGCCCACUUGCCAAACCGAAGUCAUGUGUAACGUGGCCAUGUCCACUUCCCCCAAGCCGUACGACAAAGACUAG